CUGGCGGGUCUUAGGAAGCUGUGGCGGGGUCUUUGAGUUCUUUUGCCGAAUUCCUGAAGGUUCCUGAGAGGAUGAGAGAGAAAAGGCCUUGGCGACCCUGAGGAGGUGUUGGCAGAACCGCACGUGGUCGUCCCGCAGGUACACCUCCAGAAUGUGCUUCUAAGAGAAAUAAAAAAUGAACCAAUUUCCGUACAUUUCAGUGACUGAGUUGGUGUCCUUUGAGGAUGUGGCUGUGGACUUUUCCUGGGAGGAGUGGCAGGACCUGGACAAUGAUCAGAGGACCCUGUACAGGGAGGUGAUGCUUGAGACCUACAGCAGCCUGGUGUCCUUGGGGCAAUGCGUCACCAAACCUGAGCUGAUCUUCAGGCUGGAGCAAGGAGCAGAGCCAUGCAUGGCACAAUCCCCAAAUCAGAGCCCUUCAGAUGUCCAGAAGGUGGAUGUCAUAAUUGAGACCAGUGUGGAAAGACAAGAAGGACAUUUGCAGGAAGCUGGAAUCACUAGGAACAAUACAUCAACUGAGGAGAGGGUUAUAUUAGCACAUGCCUUUCAUUUGAGUUCCAACCAUAUUUCAAAUUUGAUCAUAAAGAAUGCAGACUGUUUAGGAGUGAAAACUGAGAGGUUGAAUGUAUGUCAGAAAACACAUCUCCUUAGUAGGCCUGAGAGGAGGUAUGCUGGUGAGAAACCCUACCAGUGUAAUCAACAUGGACAGUUCUUGGUCCAGAAGUCACACCUCACCAAGAAUGAGGUAACUCACACUGGGAAGAAGCUCUAUAAGUGUAAUCAGUGUGGGAAAACCUUUGGCUGGAAGUCAAGACUCACCCAGCAUGUGAUAAUUCACACUGGGGAAAAGCCCUAUAAGUGUAGUCAGUGUGGCAAAACCUUUGCCUGGAAGUCAAAACUUGCCCAACAUGAGAGAAUUCACACUGGGGAGAAGCCCUAUAUGUGUCAUCAGUGUGGUAAAACCUUUCGCCGGAAGUCAUACCUUACUAUACAUGAGAUGAUUCACACUGGGGAGAAGCCCUAUCAGUGUAACCAGUGUGGUAAAAUAUUUGGCUGGAAGUCACUCCUAAACCAUCAUGAGAUGAUUCACAAUGUGGAAAAGCCCUAUAAAUGUAGUCAGUGUCAUAAAAGUUUUGUCUGGAAGUCACAACUCACUAUGCAUAAGAUGAUUCACACUGGGGAGAAGCCCUAUCAAUGUAGUCAGUGUGGAAAAUCCUUUCACCGGAAGUCAACCCUCAAUAGACAUGAGAUAAUUCACACAGGGGAGAAGCCCUAUCUAUGUAAUCAGUGUGGAAAAACCUUUGUCCAGAAGUCACAACUCACUGACCAUGCAAUAACGCACACUGGGGAGAAGCCCUAUCAGUGUAAUCAAUGUGGAAAAUCUUUUGGCUGGAAGUCAGAGCUUACUAAACAUGAAAGAAUUCACACUGGGGAGAAACCUUAUCAUUGUAAUCUAUGUGGAAAAACAUUUGGCUGGAAGUCACAACUCACCCAUCAUCAGAUAAUUCAUACUGGGAACAAGCCCUAUCAUUGUAAUCAUUGUGGAAAAACCUUUGGCUGGAAGUCACAACUCACCAAGCAUGAGAGAAUUCACACUGGUGACAAGCCCUAUCAGUGUAGCCAGUGUGCAAAAUCCUAUCGCCAGAAGUCAAGCCUCACUAUACAUGAGAUAAUUCACACUGGGGAAAAGCACUAUCAGUGUAAUCAGUGUGGGAAAACAUUUGGCCGGAAGUCACACCUCACUAAGCAUGAGAGAAUCCAUUCUGGGGAGAUGCCCUAUAAGUGUAAUCAAUGUGGGAAAACCUUUGGCCAGAAAUCACACCUCAGCAGGCAUCAUACCACUCACAAGAGUGGAGUCUUUUGAAGGUAGAAGAGCUUUCUCAGAAUUCAAACCUCAGGAAACAGAAUUCACAGGUUGGAAAAUUCUUGUAUGGCAGAGACUAGCUAUGAGUCUUCCAAAAGCCAUUUUCUUUCCUCUGGUAUAUGACAAGCUUUUCUCUGCCUCCAUUUACUGUGGCAAACAGUUCACAGCUCUCUGGAGAUUCAGACACGAGUGAUGAACAUUACUUUCUGGCCUGUAAUGUAACAAUGACCGCAUUGCAGUCCACCCUGUCUCAGGAUGGAAGCCAUAGGUGUCUUAAAUCACUGAGGUUUAAGACAUAAGAGAACAGAGGACUUUCUACCACUAGCCCAGCACCACCCAUGUGUUACAUGUGAGAAAAAAAAUACCUACUCUGUUGAACCAUUUUAUGUAUGGUCUGUGCAUUUCAGCACUCAGCCACUGUUGCUUACUCAUAUGAAUUUAGGAGGUGUUCCUGAGAGACUUACUCAGUUCAUGUUUAUCAGAAAAUUCAUACAGAAGAGAAUCCUGCGUGGUCAUCUUGGAGAAUUAAAGAAAUGUGGGGACCUGGGAGUAGUAUCUCAUGACUGUAAUCCCAGCUAUUUGAGAGGUGGAGCUUGGAAUAUUAUGUUUUGAGUCCAUCAUGGGAAGAGUUCUAUGACCCUGUCUCAUCUAAUGAGCCAGGUGUCAACACAGCUAUAUGCAGCUGUAGCCCUUGCUCCAUGAUUGGCAUAGGUAGGAUUGUGUUCCAGAUUGCCCUGAACAAAAACUGAAACCCUAUGUGAAAAAUAACUAAAAAACAAAGGCUUGGGAUAUGACUCAAGUAGUAA